CUCUCAUGCCCAACCCAAUCACUUGUGAAGCUGCAUGGGGCGAUCACGUGGCGCGCAGGUUUACGACUCCGCCAUGCAGUAGCGCACAGGAUUCACGACCCUAGAACGCUGCCCGCCGUCGCGCUAUUCCCUCUCGUGCGCCGACCGCCAGCGAGCAGCGCGCUGGAGAAUGGACCCCACCAGCGGGGACACCGCCGUGCCCUCCGCCGACUCCCGCGAUGCCCGCGACACUGCCGGUGCGCCUUCCGCCAUCCAACCAGAGGGCAACGUGCCCGUUGGGGUGCCACCAGGAGGCGCGGAAGUAGCGGAAGAAGCGGGCGCGCCACCAAGUGACGUACGACCGACACCGGCGGGCGCAGCAGCGGUAGAGAACGCAGCCGCUCCCGCAACAGCUGGCGCGCACGAGGCCGCGCAGUCCGCGGCGAGCGCGGAAGCGGUAGCGGCGACUGAGGGCGAUGAUGGCGGGGGAGCCACAGGCGAUGCGCCGCCAGAAGCAGAGGGUCCCAGCGGGGAAGGGCGCGCAGACGAGGCAGGGGCUGGCGGAGAGCGGAAGAGUGAGGUGAUUGCCGCGGGCGCGGGCGGCGGAGAAGCGGAGGCCCAGGUUCCGCGGACAGGGACGGGCGGGGAAGCUGUGGCAGAAGUGGCAGGAGAGGGCGGGGAAGAAGCCAAGGGCGAUGAGGCAGGGGAAGCUACGGAGCGACGGGCGGAAAAUGCAGAGGCGAAGGGGGAUGUCGGGGGAGGAGAGCAGGCGGAGGGGAAGGCGGAGGUGAUUUCGGUAGAGAGCAGCGAGGGGAAGAAAGGCGUGGUGAUUUCUCUCGAGAGCAGCGAAGAAGCCGUGGCGGAGGGAGGGCGCGAGCACGGCGAGCAGGGCGACGAAGCCAGUGGCGGUGAUGGCGGCCGUGCUGAGAGCGGCGCACGGACGGGCGGAGAGGCAGGCACGGACGAGAAGGGAGGAGAGGAAGGUAAGGAUGAGAAGGGGGCAGAUGAAGUUAAGGGUGACAAAGAGGACGCGCAAGUCAAGGGUGAGAGGGAGGGGCAGACCAACAAUGAUGAGGCGGAGGCUGCAGAUGGUGCAGGGGAAGAGGGAGCGGCCGGCAAAGAAGCCGAGCGGGCGGCAAAGGAUGCGGAGAGGGAGGGUGGUGAAGGGAAGGCGGAGGGGGGUGCGGGUGUGCAUGCGCAGAGGAUGGAUUCUGGGGAGCAUGCGGCGCAGGUGGGGGAGGGCGUGCAGGGCGGUGGGACUGAGCAGGGCAAGAAGGCGGAGGAGGGAGGGGGUGCAGGUGGGUCAGAUGAGGGGAAAGGUUUAGAGGCGGACGCGGGGGGGCAAGGGAGUGCGAGCGCGCAACUGGAAACUAGUCCGCAGGUGCAAGUGGCAGCGCAAGCUGUGGCAGCGCAAGCGUUGGGAGAGAAAGAGGUGGGAGGGAAAGAAACGUCAGCAGCAGAGGUGGCAGUGGUGAAGCAAGGUGUAAGUGCGUGUGAGCAGAGGGAUGCGACGAUUAUAGUGACGGGACAAGCGGGCGCGGCAGCUUCAAAUGAGGCACACAGACAGGGAGAAGGGAGAGAGGCGCAGGGGGAAGCACCGCCUGUGGGAGAGACGAAAGGAGGAUCAAUGGAAGCGGCCAGUGGCGUGGAUGUGGUGAUGAGAGGUGGUGCGCGGGAGAGAGGGGUGGAUGGUGCAGCGGAUGCGCGGGGUGAAAUGGUGCAGCAGCAAGGUGCGACGCAAGAGGCAGACACAGCGCAGGUGCAGGUAAGUGAGCAGCAUGUGGCGCAGCAGGCAGUGCCGCAGGAGCAAGAACACGCACAGCAGCGGGCAGCACAAGAUAAGCAUGCAGUCGGGCAACAAAAGCAACAGAAGCAGCAGCAGCAACAGCAACAGCAACAAGAGCAGCAACAGCAGCAGCAGCAGCAAGAGCAUGAGCAGCGAGAGGGUGCAGGGGCGGCGAGUGUUGCAAAGAUGGAGGUGAGUGAGGACGAAGGCGGGCAGGGAGUGGAGGGAGGGAGGGAGGCGGAUGGGGUGCAGGCGGAGAAGGAUGCGGCUCUAGGAGUAGAGGCGAUGGGGAAAGAAGAGACAGGGAGGGAGGAGGAGGAGAAGGAGGAGAAGGAAGAGGAGGAGGAGAAGAAGGAGGCGGAGGAGGAGGAGGAGGAGCAGGCAGGGAUGGAGGCGGAUGCAGUGGUGGUGGAGAUUGCUCUCAGUGUGCCGGGUCUUCUAGCCCCCCAUGCGCGCACGUGUGGGGACUCAGCACUGGCGGAUGCAGAUGCGCUGCUGCAGGGGGCGGGCAGCGUGCCACGCGCCACCUUCACACAGCCCAUGGCAUGGUGUCCCAAGGCCAACCUCAUAGCCUUUCCAACGUCGCCUGCUGUGCCCAACAUCAAAGCCCCCCCUGGAGCGGCGCCUGCCUUUGUGCCGCUGGCUGUGCUGGACCCCGACCGCCCACUGCACCACUCCAUGCUCAACCUCCCGGCAGACAUGCCUGGCGAUGUGGUGUCAGCGGUGGCAUGGUCGCCGCCCUCGUGUGACCGUGCUCUCGCCGUGCUCACCGCGCCCUCGCAUGUGUCUGUGUGGGCGCAGCCUUGCGCGGGCCCGCCCAACGUGGCGCGCUGUGUGAACCGGUGGCAGGUGGAGGCGCAGUGGCAGCUGGACGCGCCCGUUGCCGCCAUGCACUGGCUCGCCGCGCCGCCUCUGUACGCGUGGCCUCCUCGCCUGCCACCAGCGUCACUGCAGCCUCACUCCUUCCACGAUCGCUUCUUCCAACCCCGUGCCCUCUCCCCCGCACCAUGGCCGCGCGCGUCGCUGCCGUGCGUGGCGCUGGUCCUGCAGCCCAGCACCUUCCUCCUCCACUGGCGCUCCACGUCCCACCUGCCCCCCUCCUCCUCCCCUCCCUCACCCGCCCACCCCGCCCCCGCAUCCCACCCACCGCUCCCUUCCUCUGCCUCCCUCUCCUCCUCUACCCCCGCUCCCUUGCCUCCUCCCUCCUCGCCCCAGCCCCUUUGGCUCUCGUCCCCCCCUGCGUGUCUCCCCCUGCCCCCCGGCGGGGUGCUGUCAGCCCACAUCAGCAUCGCGGGCCCCUCUCACUCCCUCACUCUCGUUCUCAUCCCCCGCGCCUCCCCCUCCUCCUGCCUGCUCCUCCACAUCCACGCCCCCCCUUCCGCCUCCGCCGCCCCCCUCGCCUCCGCCCUCUCCAUCUUCUCCCCUUCCCCCCUCUCCGCCGCGGGCCUGAACCCCGUAGCAGCAGCAUUGCUGCACAGAGGGGCACAGGGGGGGGGGGCAGGCGGGAAAGGCAUGGGGGAUGGGUGGAGGGAUGGGGAAGGGGCGUGGCUUGAGGGCAGGCUGGUGGCGGAGCUGGGAGUGGGGGGUGAGGAGGGGAUGGCGAGCGCGGAGGUGGGAGGGGGGGUUGUGGAGGAGACUGGUGGGGGAGGGGAGGAGAGGGGGAGGGAGAGGAGGGAGGUGUUGGCAGUGGUGGUGGAUAAUAGUGGGGGAGAAGGGAAGGAUGGCGGCUGUAUGGCAACAGUGAUUGUUGCAGUGGGCGUUGCGCAAGGCCAUGCAUGCUCUGUGAGCGCACCACCAGCAGCCCCUUUAGGCGUGCCACUCUCGCACUCAUCUCCUCACGCCCUCCCCACCAGCCGCCCCGCCCCCCUGUGCGGCACUCUCUCCGUCGCCAUACAGCGCUGGCAGCUGCGGCAGCAGUCAUCGCCCCCCCCAGUGCACCCCAUCUUUGACGCGCUAGCAGCCUGCCAUGCGCCCCUCUCCGCCAUGCCCCCCGCCCCGUCCUUCACCUGGCACCUCGCCUCCUCCUCCCCCAAUCUCGCUCUGCUGCUCGCUGCCCCUCACCACCUGCUCAGAGCGGCGCACACAGGGCCCACCGCCUCACCCACCCCCACCUCAUCAGCAGCUUCGCCCGCACCACCACUGCCUCCCGCCCUGCACCCCGCCUCGCCUGCCCUUGCUCCCCCCACCACGCGCGACCGUGCCAUGCCUGCCAUUUCCCUCCAAGUCUCUCCCACUGGCGCUGAGCUUGCGGUGACGUGGCGCAGCACAUUCACACCUCAGCUCCAGCAGCAGAUGGAUGGGAGCAGCGCUCUGGUGGAUGCUGUUGCUUCUGAUGCCGCCGCCGCUGCGACCGGUGUCACGGCCGCUGCGACUGGUGCCAGUGUCCGUGGCGAGGUGGCUGCCUCUCACCACAACCCCUUGGCAAGCCCCGUGAUCGCAUCCUCACCCGCGCCCCCGCUCUCCCUGGCGCCCUGCUCCGCCAUCAUCCUCCUCUCCAACCCCUCCCUCCGAGUGCUCUCCAUUACCACCCUCCCACACCACUCCCCCCUCCCCCUCUCCUCGCCUCCCCCUCUCGCCUUCUCCCCCUCUGCCUGCUGCAUAGCCACUGCUUGGACCACCCCCUUUCAGCAGCAGCAGCAGCAGCAGCAGCAGCAGCAGCAGCAGCAUGUGGUGGUGCGCAUAUCCCAGGUGCCUCACCUGCCCCUCCCUCUCUUUGCCAGUGACGCACAAAGGGACGCAGGACAGGUGGUGCCUGCUGCUGCGGGGGUGGGUCCUUGUAAUGGAGACGCUGGGGGAAAUAAGCAGAGAGAGGCAGGACGGGUGGGUGGGCAGGGUGUGGAGGAGGGGGGGGAAGGGAAAGAGGGGCGAGGAGGGAUGGCGUCGUGGGAGCGACAUUUGGCUGACAGAGUGCAGUGGGCGUGGGUGAGCGGCAUGUCAUGGUGGGAUGCUGCUGCCUCCGCCACUGCUGCUGCGCCGCAAUCGCCAGUGCGGGGCACGGCUCUCUUGGCGCAUCUGGACGCUGACUUCCAUGCGCUGCCCGACGCCGCCCUGCGCCUGCACUACUUCGCUGAGCUGGACCGCCUCAAGUGCCGCGUGCUGGAGGGCAUGGGCGGGGCGGACGUGCGGGCGGUGAUGCUGGACGUGCAGGCGCGCGUGCUGCUGGAGGUGCUGGGCGGCGCCAUCGAGUCGGCGCUCGUCAACCCGGCCACGCUCAUCCCCUCGCCGUGGACGGCGUCCGCUGAGACCUUCUCGCAGCUCGGGAACGACGCCAUGUCCGUCGACCCCGCGCUCAUCCCCACCAUCCAUGCGUACGUGGACUCGGUGCUGGACCUGGUGUCGCACUUCCUCACUCGCCUGCGUCGCUACUUCUCCUUCUUCAAGACCCUCACCGCCCACGCACAUGCCUCCGCCUCCGCCUCCAACACCCCCCCUGUCCCCCUACCCUCUGCCGCCGCCCCAGCUGCUGCCGCUGGCACCGCAGCCACUACUGCUGCUGCUGCUGCUGCUGCUGCUGCUGCUGCUGGCAGUGCUGCUGCUGGUGGUGGUGGUGGAAGUGCAGCAGCGGCAGGAGCAAGCGCGCCUGCAGCGAGCUCCGCCCACCCCCCGUCCACAGCCUCGCACCUGCCGUCCGCGUCGCCCUCAGCGUUCUCAGGGCUGCCGGCGGUGCGGCUGCUGGCGGACCCGCACUUCCUGCACCGCCUGUGCCAGCUCAUGUUCUUCUGCCUCGUCUUCCGCCGCCGCAGCCCACCCCCUGCCGCCUCCAAGGCCGGCGCCGCUGCCGGCGCUGCGGGGGGCAUGGGCGUGGGGGUCGGGGGGGGAGCGGAGGGUGCAGGGGGGGGCAUGCGGGCAGGGCUGGGGCGGUCAAUGGAGGACAGGCACGUGCGGCUGGGGCAUGGGAAUGGCGGUCUGGGGUACACACCGGAAGAGGUGAAGGCUCUGUUCGUGGUGUGCUCCGAGCUCUGCAAGAAGACAGCACCGCUGCCCGCCACCAUGCCGCCCACCCACGUCCCCUCCACGCCCAUGGCUGGCUGGGCGGCAGGGGCAGCUGGCAGCGGUGGUGGGGGAGGGAGCGGUGGGAGUGGCAUGGUGGCGCGGCUGCACUACCCGCAUGGCUCCAUCUCUGUGCCUCCUGAGUCCAUUGAGGCCUGGCUCUCUCCCCAGAUGCAGUCCCUGCCGCGCCCCCGGGGAGCGGACGCCGCGGCGCUGCUCAUGCGCGAGCUGGAGCUGCACGCCCCCGCUGAGGACACGCUCCCCCGCCCCUCCCUGCCGCCCCCCUGGGCCUCUGUGCCACCCUGCGCUCAGCUGGUGGGCGGCGAGGGGGACUGGUGGGAGGACGAUGAGGAUGAGGGGGAAGAGGAGGGAGAGAAGGGGAUGUGGGACGAGGGAGAGGAAGGAAAGGAGGGGGGUGACGGGGAGGGAUGGAGGGGGAGCGGAGGAGAGCGGAGGCAGCCUGGGGAUGGCGCAGAGGUGCAGGGCAAGAGGCGCUUUGCGAGUCCCUCGGGGUUCAGCAGGCAUGGCAAGCGGAGGAGGGUGGAUGGGGGAGAUGGAGGGGUGAAAGGGGAGGAGAGGGAAGGGGGCGAGCGAGAGAGGGGGUGGGGAGGGAGCAGGUGGGAGAGAAAGCGGAGCCGAAGAGAAAGAUUGGGUGGAAUGGGGAGGAGGAUGGAGCGGGCAUGGCGGGCGGCGGAGCGGGAUGCGGCAGUGGGGCUUGCGUGCAGUGCAGGGCUGGGGGGCUUCCUGGGGCUGGUGGGGGGCCGCAGGGACGUGGUGGGCAGCACGUGGAAGUGGGCGGGCACGGCGCAGUGGUACAAGUGUGUGCGGUGUGGGCGGCAGACCACCACCAUGGCUGGGCCUCAGGGCGCAGUCCCACAGUCGGGCACAGCAGGUGGGGCAAGGAGCAGCCGCCCUGCAGAUGGGGGCAAUGGCGGCACAGGCAGUAGUCUGGCUGCGGAGUGGUGGCCUGCUCGCUGGUCUCAGGGGUGCCCUGUGUGCGGUGGCCAAUGGACUUGUCUUGCUUGAUUAUUCCUGUUCCAUGUUCAAUGUUGACAGCUAUAUUUCUGCAAGAUCUAGCUAAUGUCGUCUUCAAGAAAGCAAGUGCUCAGUU